AUGGAGUCCGUUCGCCAGGGCAUCAAGCAGUCUAUUGCCGGCAUCGGCAAGGACAAGCACCACAAGGAUAUCGCGGUAAGCGUUAAUGAGAUGGAAAUCUCGGACGGCGAGAGCGAAAGCACAACCGUCGCAUCCAACCAAACUUCACAGGACGACGUCGAUGCCAAGAGCAACUUAACAAUCACCGCAAACAACUCUGCUACUUCCAAGUCAACUGUCGUAACCAAGCUACAAGAGUAUGAGAGCUUGACCAAGAUAACACGGACUGUCAAGAAGUUGAUAGUUCGACUCGAUGACUACGAUGAAGAGUUUGUCAAUGAGAUGGACAUUAGGAGUUAUCUCCAGUACAUCUCUGAAGAACGUCUCAUCCACAUGCCUCGCCGAGGCAGCGACUGGGACCGUGUUCUCAGCACUGCACAGUUCUUUGGUCUUCAAAUCACUACAUUUGCCAGCAAGAUCGAGACCUUCGCCUCUGGCGCUCAUUCAUCGGUAUCGGCUGCUCUGGCCAGUUGCCAAGUACUUCUCGAGAUUGGACACGACCAAGCCAAGGCACUCGUACCCACUUUCAUCGCCUUCUAUGAGUUGGCCAUGCUCCUUUCCACUGUCUCUCGCAUUCCCAAUCUUGAGUACAUGUCCACUUCCAUUAAAGAAUCCGCUGCUCAUAUCCUGUGCGAGCUGGUUCAUCUGGUUGGUCGCAUCGCCAGCCACUACAGGCAGAAGAUCGACAGCCUGAGAGUUGGCGAGGGUAUCACCGUUAGCUUCGAUGCAGCCUUUGGUCAGCUCAUUGACUCCAUCUGGAAGGCCAAGGAGGACCUAUGUGACCGUGUCUGGCGAUACAGUCUUGACCACAAGUCCUUCUCCAUCAGCCUCAAGUCUGUCCGCCAGCGUCUUGAGCCCUCUUCCGGAUCCUCAGUCAGAAACACCUUGUAUGAUGAGGUUUACGAGCAUCUCGAUCGUUCGGAAGACACUUGCCACUGGAUCAAGGGCCAGCUGACAAGCUUCCUCAACAGUAAGGACAAGUCCCUCAACCUUUGGGGCGAAGCUGGUGUUGGCAAGAGUGUUCUUGCUGAGUGGGUUCAGGAGAGACUUGCGCGUCCUUUUGACUACAAAUCUUACACUGUCCUUUCUUACAACUUCCCCUGGGACUCCCCCAAGGAGGCCACAUCCUUGGCAUGUGUCAAGAGCUUUGUUUUCCAGCUUCUUGAGCGAAGUGUGGGUGAUGUUGAGCUCUACGGGCGACUCGUUCAAGCCUUUGAGGUCUACUCCAAGACCUCUGACGCCGGAAGGCUCGAGACAACUCUUUGGGAUACCUUGCGUACUGGUAUUCACUCUGCCGAACGUCAGGGGACAUCAUUCGUUCUCUUGACUGAUGGUUGUGACGAGAUGGUCGGCGGCUCCAAGAGCGCUGUCGGCUUCCACAAGAUCCUCUCGGACUGCAUUGCAGAUCUCUCAAGAACCCGUGUCAUCACCUUUUCACGAAGACUUGAUGGUCUCAAGGAUUGCAGUAAGAUCUUCCAGAUUAAGCAACAGCAGGUCCAAGAAGACAUUCGAUCCCACCUCAAGCAGACACUCUCCCGGUCAAGCCAUUACCAUGAUGUUCAUCAUCGUGACCGCGAGCAAGUCAUCAACGACCUUGUCGCCAAGUCAAAGGGCAACUUCCUUUGGGCCUUCUACGCUGGUCGUCUCUUGGUUCAAGAGAAGUCUUGCGAUGGCUUCCUUGGAAAGGUCAAGAGCAUCAGUGGCGAUGUCAAUGAUGUCCUUCGACUUGCUGUGGACAAGCUGGACUUGAAGCAGAAUGAGAUUGCCAGAUAUCUCAUCUCCUUCAUGCUUGUUACCAACACCCCCUUCUCUGUUCCAGAGAUUGCAGAACUUCUUUCCGUUGAUCUUCAGAAGCGAUGCAUGCUUCCCAGCGCCUCGAAUAUCUCCAAGUUUGUUUCGGAAAAGUGCGGAGAGUUCCUCAUCAUUCGAGGUGGCCGUGUUCACUUCCGCAACGCUGUAGUCCAAGCAUACUUCAAGGGUCUUCUUGGCAAGUCUCUUCUCUCUGAGAAGGAGGCUCACUCUCAAUUGACUUUGAGGAUGCUUCUUUAUGCGCGAUUGAACCUCGAUGAUGACCAGGAACUUCUCACCGAUGAACUGGAUGACUCUGCCGUCGAGAUCGUUUUGGGGAGACACCACUUGAUGGAUUAUGUCAUGCGCAACUGGGUUGUGCACUUCCGACAUGCAGGAUUUGUCUCUUCGGAUGGAAAGAUAAGCCUACCUCAAGGCUUCCGCGACAUCUUCCCAGAGUCUGUCAUGUUCACCCUUCUCGAGCGACCUUGUUGGGGAAGACACGGCGUCCGCCAGGAUACCAUUGAGCUUCAUGAGCUCACUCUUCGUAUUCGUGAGUCUUGUUUCGGAGAGAAGCACGUUUCAGUUCUCCAGAGUCUCAUUGGUCUUGGACAUAUCCACGUCAAGUUUUCCUCCUCUUCUGAUGCCCAUGCAUGCGGAGCACGAUACUACUACCGUGCUGCCAAGCUAGGCGAGAUCAUCCUUUCCAAGACCAGCACAUUUGUCGGUUCAUGCACACACCUUUUCCUGACCUGGACUGAGACAAUUGUUAUCACCAAGCGCACGGAGAUUGUGACUUGCCGAGAGGAGAUGAUUCGCUUCUGGAUCGAGAUCUGCAAGCACAAGCAUGGCCGGUCUAGUGACGAGGUCAUUUGCUGGUACGAGAAGCUCGCCAAGCUCUACAUCAGCAUCCAUGAAGAAUGGCGCGCUACUGUCGUCUACAGAGAGCUUCACGAGAUCAUUAUCAUUCGCUUCGGCAAGAACUCUCCCGAGGCUGGUCGAAUUACUGCUUUCUUUGGAACUCUUGACAUUGUUCUCAAAAAGGGCGAUGAUGACGAUGGACCCAUUGGUGACAUGGAAAAGUUCAUCUUUGAGACCACCGAAGAACUCGACAUUCACUCACACCUCUGCAUCGCCAUGAUGAUCAAGCUCGCCUGGUCGUAUCAUUCUUGCGGCAAGUUCUAUCUUGCUGAGAGACUCUUCAUCAGCAUUUGGCGCCGCAUUUCAAUCACUUGCCGACUCAACGCUAGUAUUGAAGUGCACAUCGCCAAGAUCCAGAUUGCUAUCGAGUACUGCAAGUACUUGCGAGAGGUCCACCGCCAUGAGGAAGCGACCACCAUUCUGAUCUGUCUCUGGGCCGAGUAUGAACACCACAAGUGUGAGACCGAGACUCUGGUCUUUUGGAUCCGCGAACUUGGCACUGUCUGCCGAUCGUUCGGUCUUCUCGAGAUCACUAUCAGUAUCUUGACCAAGGUCUGGGGCUGGUUCAAGGGUUGUGGAAAGGGUGACGAUGAAGAGGCUCGCAAGACCACUAUCCUCAUCACUGAAGUCGUAGAGGAGGUCACUGAGACCACGAUUACUACCAAGACGACUACCACCACGACUACCGAAGUCACUGAGACAGUUGUCAAGGAGAUUUACGAGACACACUACACCCGCUGCAAGACGUCUGGCUUCGAUCACGCAUUCUACUCAGCUUGUAUGGCUCUCAUUGGCAUUUACUUCGAGCAUCACCGCUGGUCCGAGGCCGAGGUGAUCAUCAGGCGAACCCUUGAGAUCACCUGGAAGGCCAUCUUGAGCACUGAUGUCACAGUCACUCUCACUGAACAUUCAGCUAGGGAGUGUGUUCAUGUGGCUCGACGUCUUGCGAGAUGCUACCAUCACCAGGGCCACUUCGAGAAGGCUGAGUUCAUCUACCUUCGCAUUUACCGUGCUUGCCUUGCCUCUUGUAGCCUCGAGGACGAGCUGCUGUGCGGCUCUAUAACCGUUCUCAUUGAGUUUUACGAGGAACAUCACCGUCACGAGAAGGUGAUUGAGAUCUAUAUAGAGAUCCUUGAACGAUACAAGAAGGACCUCGGGCACACGCAUCGAUUGACUAUCUGGACUCUUUACCAGUUGGCUCAUCACUGCAAGUUGAUAGGUCACAAGGAUGUGUUCAAAUACUAUCUUGAGAUCGUCACUGUCUUGAACAAGGGCAUCAAGCAUUGCCAUCACGAUGCUUUCGAAGCUGCCCUCUUUCUGUGUCGCCACUAUCACGGCCGCAGCAUGUGGGUUGAACUCAGAGAGCUCUGUGCUUUCGUGUGGGAGACGGUCUGUCACCAUCGUGGAGAGCACAAGUGGUCCGAGGAGAUUAUCUGUGAGAUCUACGAGAAGUACACCUACGUCCUUGAGGUUCACGUCAAGGUCGAGUUCUCUGUUCUCUACCAGAUCUCGGUCGAGUACAAAGAGGUCAUCGAGAAAACCUGCGGUGGGGAGUCCCAUGCUUACAUCUUGGCCUUGAUCGCAUUCGCUAAGAUGUGUGAGAAGCAUGAGAAACAUGUCCACGAGUCGGUCACUGUCUAUGAAGAGGUGAUCAAGAGGUUCACCACGACCAAGACGACUACAACUACAGUUACUGAGACUACUAUCAACACAGUCAAGAAGCGACUUUCCAAGUUGUACGUGACUAUCAUCACAUCAGGCGGUAAGAAUGAAGGACACGCCCAUGUUCCCAUCGACCGCGCCAUCCAGAUCUGCAUUGAGACCUAUGAACAUCUCAAGAUCACUCUCGGAUGCUGGCAUGAGGAGACCCUCCGACAGCUUGAGUACGUUAUCUUGUUGUACCACAGCUGCAACACGAAGGAAUAUCACCUCAAGAUGGUCAAGUUACUCGAGAUUCACGUCACCGAAGUGAUCACGACAUGUAAGGUGACGGCGACGCUGUUCAAGGUCGCCAUCACCAUGGCCUCAAUCUACGUCAAGGUCAAUCUCAUUCAAGAGGGAUAUGAGAUCCUUCGCCAACUUCGACAUCUGGUCAUCUUCCGGGGAACCAUCCCUUGCAACGACCUCACCAUCAAGCUCGACGUUCACCUGAGCAAGCUUGUCUUUGUCUUCCUCAGCGCCUUUGAGCAAGGCCUUUGUCCCAACGACUGCUCGACAACCUACUCUGAGAUUAUGGCCACCAUUAUCUACGAGUCUAUCCUUUAUGAGGAGUACUCUCGUGUCAUUGAGUGCCAGACUGAGCUUGAAGUUGUUCUUGAGUGUGGUGCCAAGCUGAGAGGUUUCUGGGUUGAACACAAGCGUACUCAGCUUCUACUUAUUCUCGACAAGAGACUCUUCCAGCUCUUCAAGACUAAGUAUGCAUCCUACUUCAAGGACGUGGCUGAUGAGCAUCUUCGUGUGUUCUAUCUCGCUAUCCUUCAUGAGCUUGGCAAGGAUCGUGGUGCUACUCAGAUUGACUUCACUCUUCUCGCCGUAAAGGCCGGCAGUGCUAGAGUUAAGGAACUUCUACAGGCCAAGGACUGGCAUUGUGCAGAGGAACUUGGUCACUGCGUCUUCCAUUUCGCUCAGUCUCAGAAGUUGUACCAUCGUCAAGACUGUGUUCAGUAUGGCUACAAGCUUGCCGAGUUCCUGGCAGGCAUCGAUGUACCUCACCCUAACGAUGCCAAGGAUGAGAAGAUCAGAAACGCCAUGCUGAAGACAUCUCGUGAGAUCAUGACUGAAGUCCUCGCUGCCUUUAAGCAGUCCAACAUUGACUACCUCUGCUUGCGCUUCGAAGACAUCUCUAGUCUUAUCAGACUUCUUGGAGCACAGCAGAACUGGGAUGAACUCGAACGCUUGCUCCAUCGCCUGUGGAGUGCCCGUGAGAGAUUGCAGAGAGCUGGAUGGUCAUCUACUGCAGUCUUGGAUAUUGGCAAGAAGCUUGUGCACGCCCAAUACGCGCGCAAGGACGUGAUCUGCGCCAUUGAGACAGCCGAGUUGAUCAGUUACAACUUGCGCCGCAGUCGAGGACGUCUUGAUGUCGAGACUCUUGAGUUCUCGCGUCUCCUUGCUGCUCUGUACGCCGAUAGUGGCCGUAAGGCUAGCGCCAUGUCGAUCCACGAGACCAUUCUCCGCGAGAUGAUUUCAUGCAGCAGCGGUAAUGAGUUUGGAGAGGCGUACCCCGAUCGCCAACGGUUUAUUACUGAAGCGCGAACUCACUUGGAACUUCUCAAGGCUUCACAUCAUCAGUUGCAAGGCUGGGCCAAACCAGCUGAUGAGUACAAGGAGGUUCAUUCUCGGCUGAACAGUAGUCUUGGUUUGGAUCUACCUGCAUUUGACAAGUGGUCUUCUGGAGCGGUUGAUAAGAAUAUUGAAGGAGGAGGCAAUCCCACCAAAGACAAUCUACGAGAGCGUUUCCAGGUUUUGGAGUCACAAGUGAAGGAUAUUUACCAGUUACUCCAGCCACGGGCAGGAACUGUGUCAAGAUCGUCUCCAAACACAUCCGCGGGGACUAUCUCAGUGGAUCCAUACGAGAGCAUUUCAAGUCCCAGCCCUAAUAUAAUAACUGAGACACUGUCUGAAGUAACCUUCAGCCCUGAAAAUCCUUGCCCCUCCCCCGACGUACUUGACCAUCUUAUCGAGAUAUAUCGCAUCAGACACCAUCUUCAGCCUUUACUUCUGUUCAAGCUUCCUAACCUAAAACUUUACCUGAAUGCAGCACCAAAGUAUCUUCUUGAUAGCUUCCUUGCGCUUACCGUGCGACACAGCAUGCAUGCCUUCUAUCGGGAUCAACAAGCUCGAGCUGUCGAAUUCUACUCUUCUUCCGCGCAACAAACAGUUAUCAGCCUUGCUUCACAGGGCAUUCCGAGGUUGGACAUUAUCCAAUCUCUUUGCUUACUUGUUCUGAUUGAUAUCGCGGACUGUAAAUCGGGGCGAGCGUGGAUGACUAUUGGAACUCUGUCUAGUCUGGAAGCUCUGCGUAAGAUAUCACAACCCACACUUGUCGAUUCAUCACCCGAUCCUGAAGCAAGUCUGAGGUGCCAUUGGACUGUGUUUCUUUUAGAGCAAACCUUUACACCUCUGGAACGAAGUAGCCUUCAGGACGAAAAUGAAUCAAAGUACCCAGCAAGCGCACCGAUACCUCCAUCAUUACCACCUGUCACCGACGGCGAAUACCCACCGGAUCUUUUCUCAGAUGAUACAUCAGAGGAUCUUGGUAUAACAGCGUAUUACAUCAAAAUUCUUGGAAUAUGGGGUCACUUAUCAUCAUACCUUCACCAAAUUCGAAUCGGCAAGGCUGAAAAUGCGUGGUCUCCUGGAUCAAUGCACUAUAUACUUUGCGCUCAGUUAUACGAGUACGAUUCAGAGACCCCUCAUAUCCAUCUUCUACGAAGUGUGCACUUCACCAAGCGCCAAUCAAAUGAUCUCAACGAGCGCCGCGAGUACUGGAUCCCGUGGGUUCUACAGCAAGUCACAUCGCACGCAACUACCGCGAUCCUAAACCAUCCAUUUGUUCAUCUCGUGGCGAUGCGCGAUCGACUGCAUGGUCUGCCACCACGUCAAUUUCUUCAACAAACUGUAGAUCUGACUCUGUAUCAUUCUGCUUGGGUAUUCAAGUUCCUUCGCUUCUGUGAGGAGAACGAUAUUGGAAUAUACGAUCCUUUGGUUGGUCAUUUAGUGGCUGUUGUUGCAACUAUACCAUGGUUGUUUCAGCGUGCAAUUGAUCAAAAGAUUGCACACAAAGCAAAGGACGAUUUCACAUGGUGUAAGAAAUUCCUCGAAACCCUUUCGAUGAGCUGGCCACAUAUUAGACAAAAACUUGAGCUGCUGAAAAGUCUGGACUCCGUCGCGGAGAACAAUUCACAGUCUCCCAACGCUAAAGGCGUAUCGAUCGUCUUCCAUCCUCAUGUCUUUUGGGCGUUGGUCGAUCCUAAAAUUAGCCAGAUAACGCCAUCAGCAGGUUAUACUCAAGGACUUGAUCUUUUUCAGGAUGGCACAAUCCGAGUUUCGACGCAUUACAUACAGCCGUUGGUGGAUAUCCAAGCUCAACACCCUCACAUUGUCGGCGAUGUGUUUGAUCCGUUCACAUUGGAUGUUGGGGCUUUGGAGCAAAUCAACUUGGAUGACGUUUUCGCGAGUUUCUUGCCUACACUAGAUGAAACAGACUUAUAA